ACUGAAGGAAGGAAAGGAGAAAGGGAGAGAAGAACUAAGGCUGCUCUGGCUUUCCAGAUCUACUUCCUGAAGCAGCUGAGUGUGCCUGGAGAGCUGGGAAGGCCAGAGGCAGUCCUUUCAAAUCCUUGGAAGGAGGCUGACUGCCGAAGCUUCCUUCAUUGAGAGAUAAGGACCAUGGCAUUUUGGAGGAGCAAGCAGACAACCACAGGCUCCUACCUGGAGAAAAGGGCAGAUCUGAUGGAUGCUUUGUGGGCUCUUUCCUGACUUCCAGAUCCAGAAUCGCCUGCUUCACACAGGGUCUACAUACUGUGGAGCUCAUGAUGGUUCUGAGUGGGGCACUAUGCUUCCGAAUGAAGGAUUCAGCCUUGAAGGUACUGUAUCUGCACAAUAACCAGCUGCUGGCUGGAGGACUGCACGCAGAGAAGGUCAUUAAAGGUGAGGAGAUCAGUGUUGUCCCAAAUCGGGCACUGGAUGCCAGUCUGUCCCCUGUCAUCCUGGGCGUUCAAGGAGGAAGCCAGUGCCUAUCUUGUGGGACAGAGAAAGGGCCAAUUCUGAAACUUGAGCCAGUGAACAUCAUGGAGCUCUACCUCGGGGCCAAGGAAUCAAAGAGCUUCACCUUCUACCGGCGGGAUAUGGGUCUUACCUCCAGCUUCGAAUCCGCUGCCUACCCAGGCUGGUUCCUCUGCACCUCACCGGAAGCUGACCAGCCUGUCAGGCUCACUCAGAUCCCUGAGGACCCCGCCUGGGAUGCUCCCAUCACAGACUUCUACUUUCAGCAGUGUGACUAGGGCUGCGUGGUCCCCAAAACUCCAUAAGCAGAGGCAGAGUAGGCAGUGGCGGCUCCUGAUAGAGGAUAGAGAGACAGAGGAGCUCCACAGUAGGUGGCUUACUCCUCUCCUUCCCUACUGGACUCCCGCUUCUGACCUAAGGCACACAGACACUCUCUUCUCCUGCAUCCCAGUGCUGGUAAAUCUUCUGGUAUUUGGAGCUCAAUGUGUAGAUUCUUUCAGAUUGGAUGGUACUACCUCUGGUGUGGAACCCAAUAGAAACCACGUAGGACCAACAAAGAGCAACAUAAAAGAUUCUUGGGUGAAGAAGAGGUGGGAACUGUUCAUACAUAGUAAGAUCUGACACAGUACCUCAGAAGUCCUGCCAUUCCUUAUGUUCUGGAGAAAGUGGAGGGGGGGUCACCAAGACUUUCUCUGGCUGGCUGGGCCCUUUCCCUCAACCUUUCUGACAUCUGCAGCCUCUCUCAUUCUUGCCUUCAUUCUCUGGCCCUGAACCGAGAGGGUGAUAUCAGGAUAGCUGACAGAAGAUGACCAGGCACACUGUCCUGGUUUGAAACCAGAGGGGACAAUAAAAAACCCUGAUUCUGGUCUCUACUCACAUAAAAAGAAGCUUGUGAACAUUAAGUGGGAAGAGAUUGCUACUAAAUAACAUACCUUGUAAUUUCAUCUUAAUUAAAAUAUACUUCUCUAUAUUAUAUAUUUUAAAAGGGAUCUGGAGUGUUUACAUCAAUUGUAGCCAUGUCCAGGUGGGGGCAAGAGAGGUGACUUUCUAUUUGUGUCUAUUACCUUUUCCAUUAUGGAGGUGGGUUAUUUGCAUAAUAAUAAAAAGAGAUCACUAUAGAGGGAAGUGAAGCAGACCUAGUUUCUGGUCAUCCUCACCAUCUGCUAGAGAGAAAUCCAAACUGAGCUCAUUGGUUCUAAGUGGCAGGAGCAGGGAGCAAGAGGCAGACUCCAGAAAAGCUAGGAAGAAUGUGAAGGGUUUAUCUCCUGGGUAAGGGAUUUACAGAAGAAAUAAAGAAUAGAAGAAAAAAGUAGAGGGAGAAAUGGAGGGAGGAAGGGG